AUGGGUGGAGGCAAUAACUUUCAAAGCAGUAAGAAGGCGGUCGUGGAUUUUAUUCAUUCAAACAUUAUUUGUCGAUUUGGUAUACCAAGAGUUAUCAUCAUAGAUAAUGCUGCAAACCUCAAUAGUAAUCUGAUGAAGGAGGUAUGCGAGCAGUUCAAAAUUGUGCACCACAAUUCUACUCCAUACCGACCAAAAGCCAGCGGAUCUGUGGAGGCAGCCAAAAAGAAAAUCAAAAAGAUUCUUAGAAGGAUGGUUCAUGGCACUAGAAAAUGGCAUGAGAAACUGCCUUUUGCACUUUUAGGAUAUCGUAUAACAGUGCGCACCUCGAUUGGUGCAACUCCUUAUUUGCUGGUGUAUGGAACCGAGGCUGAAAUUGAAGAUACUGACUGGGUCAAAACUCGACUAGAGCAACUCGCGUUAAUAGACGAGAAACAAUUGACGAUUUUCUGUUUUGGUCAGCGUUAUCAGCAAAGGAUGGCUCGUUCAUACAACAAAAAGGUGCACCCAAGACAUUUUGAAGUAGGUCAACUAGUCUUAAAGUGCAUUCUUCCGCACCAAGAAGAAGCCAAGGGAAAAUUUGUCCCAAAUUGGCAAGGUCCAUAUCUUAAUCAAGGAAGUAUUGUCCAAAGGAGCCCUGCACCUUACUGA